CUUCCAUUCGUUCCUCUGUUAUUAUACAGAUUGAGGCCCAGCUUACUGCUCAGUUACUCAAUACUAGUAUUGUAGCGAUAUGGAACGCCUAAAGGAUGCCUUCAUGCCUCUGUUCCUAUCCUGCAUCAUCUUGUUCGUCACAGAGCAAGAUUUCUGGAGAUCGGCAAGCGCCACUACAUUGGUCACCGGCACUGUCUACUGUGAUCAGUGCAAGGACGGCGAGCGAAGCUUCUUCGACUACCCUCUCUCCGGUGCGACGGUGGCGGUGACGUGCGGGGGCAGCGAUGGGGCGGCGACGGUCUACAAGGAGGAGACCAAUUGGUUUGGUAGCUAUUCGGUGUACUUAGAUGGAAGCCCCGACCUGGGCGGGUGCUACGCGAGGGUGGUGGGUGGUCCAGCCGUAUGUGGUGCGGCAGCUGGGCCGGCGCGUGGACUGACGCUUCUUUUCCGAAUGUUUGGCAUGACCAUGUACGCGGUUGAGCCUCUACUAUCCGAGCCAGCGAAGCCCACCGAGGUUUGUCCUAGGGCGGCGACGCUGUGGCCAGUACAGCCUCCGCCACCACCUAUUAGAUGGGUGCCAACGCCAUUGCUUCCUUCUCCUCCUCCGCCAGCGAUAACAUUCUUCGAGGCAUCCGCUUGCCCUUACUAUAAAUGGACGAUGGUGGAGUACAAAUGCUAUUGGAGGAUGGUGAGCCCCGACACACCAGUGGCCAUCGCGUUCGGCCCAGUGGCCGCCGGGCGGUACGGGGCGGAGACGACGCUGUGGGAAGCGCUGCAGGGACGUAGAGACGUCUACAGAACUCUGCUCCGUGAAGGAACGACCUCCCUCCUCAACUCCUACAACAGCCUAAGUUUUUAUUACCCCACGUUGAGCGUGAUCGACCUCAUGAAUAGAGCGCUACUCGGUUCACAGCAAGAGGUAGUCCUGGCGGCGCUGCGGUUUCGAAGGGCUAACUCCGGCGCUUUUGGUGGCGACUCCGUCGCCUGUAACUUCACCCCGUGCCCCACCUGAAAUGUUGUUUUACGGUCCUCUUCUUUUGGUUUGCCCUUCAAUGAUAUGUCUAAUGUAACGUGAUAAUUUUCUUUGCUGAGUUCUUCAAUCAAAUUGAUAUGAAUAUCUCUUUACUGAGUGUGCGCUGGAGGUUAGAAGAGCAGCUCUAGGUAGAUGUUGUAAGUAAAGAAUAGGGAGAGAAUAAGAAUAAUACGUGAGUAAUAAAAUUUAUUAUUUACUGAUGUUUAUUAAUAUAA